GUCAGUACUAACAAACAUACACUAUAGUUCAAGGAGGCCUUCUAAAUAAGAACAGUUUGAAUCAGUACCCCAACAAGGCAAACCAGAAAAUUACAAAUAUCGAAAACAUUACAUAGAAUGCCUGGUUGUGAGCUAUGGAAUGUGUCAAACUAUAGCAAUAGACAAGCAUUCCUUCUAGGCCGGCAUGCAGAUCUUGUAUUAAACAAUGCAUGUCGAGUCCAUUCCUUUGAAAAUUUCUUCCUUUCAGUGCUUCUACAUGCCUAUUUAUACCCCACCUUACUCCUUAGCCAUGCAUCCAGAAGAAGCACCAGACACCAAGAAAAAAUGGCUUCUAAUGCAUGGCUAACUCUUGCCAUAGUUCUCGCAACCCUGCUCGGCACACAUGCUGCAGACCCUGACAUCACAUCAGAUUUCAUAGUUCCUGAUGGAGUCACUCCAGAUGCCGACUUCUUCACCUUCAAAGAGCUCAAACAGUCCUUGAGGGGUGCUCCCAAUGAUGCACCAUUUAAGGUGAGCAAGGCGAGCCAGUUGGAGUUCCCAGCACUCAUGGGGCAGAGCGUCUCGUAUGCUGUGCUCCAGUUUGCAGCUGGGGGCAUCAAUCCACCCCACAUCCACCCUCGCUCGGCAGAGCUGCUCCUUGUCGUGCAAGGAUGGCUCCAAGUUGGGCUUGUGGACUCCAAUAGCACGCUCUUCGCUCAGACGCUUCAGACUGGUGACAUGUUUGUGUUCCCCAAGGGCCUGGUGCACUUCCAAGCGAACAAAGACCCCAGAUACCCAGCUGUUGCCUUGUCAGCAUUCGGCAGUGCUAAUGCCGGCACAGUGCCCCUUCCGAAGACCUUGUUUGGCAGUGGCAUUGACGAAGAUGUGUUGGCCAAGUCCUUCAAGACUGAUGCUCAGACCAUUGACAAGCUUGUAUCAGCUGCCAUGGGUUAAUUCACUGUGGCAUCUGAAAUUGCUGGUGUUGAUGUCUUGUUGUCUUGGGUUUGUUCAUUGUUUGCAAAAUCUUGAUUAGCUGCUCAUUCUUCAUUUCUAGAGUUAUCUGACAUGGAGAAUGUAAACUUUCAAAUUAAUAUGAUUCCUUUCCUUCU